AUGUCUCGCCGACAAGGCCAUAAUAGGCUGAUGGCGGAAGAUCCUCCUGGACUACGCGAACCAGGCCAAGCUCCAUGCAUCGUGAUGGAGUACGAAGUGUUGGUUGAUCGACUACUACUGCACGCCCCGGACGCAUCGGACACAACCCAGCAGGUCGGAACUGGAGAUGGGGCAUCUCUGUUCCCCGAUGCUGUCUGUGUCCAGCUACCUUCCCGUUUCUAUCCGCGAUGCCGGCAGCCUAGAAGAGACUCGAAAAUCGCGACCCCCUGCCUGGAUGGGUUAAUCCUCUUCCGAGUGGAGGAGGUCCAUACCGAGGCACUUUGA